AUGUUGAACGACAUAUAUGACGAUCUCGCAAAUAACCACAAGGAUGACGCAAAUCAAAAAAUUGAACGAUAUCUCGGUGAUGACGCUCUCUCGCCUACGCGACGUACAGUAGUCGAUUCCUGCCAUGGUGAAGAUGUCAAUAAGCUGGCUUCCAAGCUUCACGAAUAUCGGCUUAGGCUUAGUAUUAGGAAUGUGUUAGCUGGCUGGAGUGCGCUUCCUGCAUACCCUGUUGCUGAAUGUUAUCUGGAUAUAGCCGACGUCGUCAUUGAACAAGUCUCAUGUCCCGAAACUCUGCUUGCCUUGUUGGAAGCUGCUUUCAGUGUAAUGAAUGAGGAGCGGAAAUCUCAGCACUUUUUGCCAGCUUUGCGCCGCACAUUGAGCCUAUGUCUCAAAAACUUCGCAGUAGCUCAGUCUGAUGUCACGCUGCUUCUUCUGAGCAAAUGCUCAGAACUUUUGGAAUUAGCCCAACUGAACACACCAGUGGCUCUCCUCAUUUCGCAGUGCCUUUUGGACAAUUGCAGGCGGAAACGCCGUCAAGGGCGCAAGCAUGGGCGGACCAGCAUUGCUAGGGUUGAGGAGGUGCAAGGAUCUUCUGCACUUGUGGCAAAAUAA